AUGGGUAAAUCUUCCAAAGGAAAGGGAGGAAAGAAUAGAAGAAAAGGAAAGAAUGACAACGGUGGUCAAAAAAGAGAAUUGAUCCACAAGGAUGAGGGCCAAGAGUACGCCCAAAUCACGAAGAUGUUGGGUAAUGGUAGAAUCGAAGUGAGCUGUUUUGAUGGCGAAAAGAGAAUGGGCCACAUCAGAGGAAAAUUGAGAAAGAAGGUGUGGAUGGGUCAAGGUGAUAUCAUAUUGGUGUCUUUGAGAGAUUUUCAAGGAGACCAGUGUGACGUCAUCCACAAAUACAAUUCUGAUGAGGCAAGAACCUUGAAGAACAUCGGUGAGUUGCCAGAAACCGCUAAGAUUAAUGAAACCGAUACUUUCGGUGCCGACGACGACGAAGAGGUCAACUUCGAGUUCGGUGACAACGACGAGGAGUCUGAGGAGGACGGCGAGUUGGAUAUCGACGAUAUUUAA